UAUUUUGUCAAACAGUUUUUUUAAAUUCAAGUUUUUGGGCACAAUUUAAUUCCAGUUUCUGUGUUUUUACAUGUAUUUGGAUGUUUCUAAAUUUGCCGUAAGCCUGGAUGAAGUGUCGAAACUUUCGAGUUUUUUUUUUGCUCGGCCAGUCCGACGGACAGCUUUGAAGUGAACGGUUCGCGAUUUCCUGGGCAAAUCGACGGAGAAGCAGAGUGCAGCUACCGUUUGCGAAUUCGCGCUGUUCUACCUACCAAACCAAAGCAAACCAAGCCCGAACCAAAAUCCAAACUAAAAGAGGCCCACAAAAAGUUGACAAAAGGCACAUAUAUAGUAGGAACCGUGAAUUUGUAUGUGCUGCUCUGAGCUCGAUAUAUGUAUAUGGAGUGCAGAACCCAAGUUGACUCACGACUCGUUUGAAAUUGUUUUAUAGUGCGCCAGGACCACAAGGAUAGGAUUGGAUAGGCGCAGGACGCUCCUCCGGAAAAUUUGCCAUUAAAAAUUAAAUUCGAGUCCUAGGCGGGAUCACCAUGUUCAUUCCGGCCGCCCAGUCCGCGUACAGGACGCUGCGCAAGACGCAGCCGCGCGUUCGGCUCAACUUGCUCUUCAAGAAUGGCUACUCCAGCAAGGUGGAGUACAAGCCCAUCCGCUCGGUGCUGGUGGCCAAUCGCGGCGAGAUCGCCAUCCGCGUGUUCCGCGCCUGCACGGAGCUGGGCAUCAAGUCUGUGGCCGUCUACUCUGAGCAGGACAAGAUGCACAUGCACCGGCAGAAGGCCGACGAGUCGUACAUGGUGGGCAAGGGACUGCCGCCCGUGGAGGCCUACCUCAACAUUCCGGAGGUGAUUCGCGUGUGCAAGGAGAACGACGUGGACGCCGUGCAUCCCGGCUACGGCUUCCUCUCGGAGCGCAGCGACUUCGCCCAGGCGGUGAUCGAUGCGGGACUGCGCUUCAUUGGCCCCUCACCCGACGUCGUCCAGAAGAUGGGUGACAAGGUGGCGGCCCGGGUAGCGGCCAUUGAGGCGGGAGUGCCCAUUGUUCCCGGCACCGACGGCCCGGUGACCUCCAAGGAGGAGGCCCUGGAGUUCUGCAAGAAGCACGGCCUGCCCGUGAUCUUCAAGGCUGCCUACGGCGGCGGCGGACGUGGCAUGCGCGUGGUACGCAAAAUGGAGGACGUGGAGGAGAGCUUCCAGCGGGCCAGUUCCGAGGCGAAGGCCGCCUUCGGCAACGGAGCCAUGUUCAUCGAGAAGUUCAUCGAGCGGCCGCGCCACAUCGAGGUGCAGCUGCUGGGCGACAAGGCCGGCAAUGUGGUGCACCUGUACGAGCGCGACUGCUCCGUGCAGCGGCGCCACCAGAAGGUGGUGGAGAUCGCCCCGGCGCCGCGCCUGCCCACCGAGAUCCGCGACAAGAUGACCGAGGCCGCCGUGCGCCUGGCCCGCCACGUGGGCUACGAGAACGCCGGCACCGUGGAGUUUCUGUGCGACGAAUCGGGCAACUUCUACUUCAUCGAGGUGAACGCCCGCCUGCAGGUGGAGCACACCGUCACCGAGGAGAUCACCGGCAUCGAUCUGGUGCAGUCGCAGAUCCGCAUCGCCGAGGGCAUGACCCUGCCCGAGCUGGGCUACACGCAGGACAAGAUCCAGCCGCGCGGCUAUGCCAUCCAGUGCCGCGUGACCACCGAGGAUCCGGCCAACGACUUCCAGCCCAACACCGGUCGCCUCGAGGUCUUCCGCUCCGGCGAGGGCAUGGGCAUACGGCUGGACAGCGCCUCCGCCUACGCCGGAGCCAUCAUCUCGCCGUACUACGACUCCUUGCUGGUCAAGGUGAUCUCGCACGCCAGCGACCUGCAGAGCUCCGCCUCCAAGAUGAACCGUGCGCUCCGGGAGUUCCGCAUCCGCGGCGUCAAGACCAACAUCCCCUUCCUGCUGAACGUGCUGGAGAACCAGAAGUUCCUGCACGGCGUCCUCGACACCUACUUCAUCGACGAGCAUCCGCAGCUGUUCAAGUUCAAGCCCACGCUGAAUCGCGCCCAGAAGCUGCUCAACUACAUGGGCGAGGUGUUGGUCAACGGGCCGCAGACGCCGCUGGCCACCACCCUGAAGCCCGCUGUGGUGUCGCCCCACGUUCCCGAGGUUCCGCUGGUUACGGAACCGCCCAAGGGACUGCGCGAAAUCCUGGUCUGCGGCGGUCCCGAGGCCUUCGCCAAGGAGGUGCGCAACCGCAAGGAGCUACUGCUGAUGGACACCACCUUCCGCGAUGCCCACCAGUCGCUGCUGGCCACCCGCGUCCGGUCGCACGAUCUGCUGAAGAUCUCCCCCUUCGUGGCGCACAAGUUCAACAACCUGUACUCGCUGGAGAACUGGGGCGGAGCCACCUUCGACGUGGCGCUGCGCUUCCUGCACGAGUGCCCGUGGGAGCGGCUGGAGGAGAUGCGCAAGCGCAUCCCGAACAUUCCCUUCCAGAUGCUGCUGCGCGGAGCGAACGCCGUGGGCUACACCAGCUAUCCGGACAACGUGGUCUACAAGUUCUGCGAGCUGGCGGUGCAGACCGGCAUGGACAUCUUCCGGGUGUUCGACUCGCUCAACUACCUGCCCAACCUGAUCCUCGGCAUGGAGGCCGCCGGCAAGGCGGGCGGCGUGGUGGAGGCGGCCAUCUCCUACACCGGCGACGUCAGCGAUCCGAAGCGCACCAAGUACGACCUCAAGUACUACACCAAUCUGGCCGACGAGCUGGUCAAGGCGGGCACCCACGUCCUCUGCAUCAAGGACAUGGCGGGUCUGCUCAAGCCCGAAGCCGCCAGGCUUCUCAUCACCGCCAUCCGGGACAAGCACCCCGACAUCCCGAUCCACAUCCACACCCACGACACCUCCGGAGCGGGAGUGGCCUCCAUGCUGGCCUGCGCCAAUGCUGGGGCGGAUGUGGUGGACGUGGCGGUCGACUCGAUGAGCGGCAUGACCUCGCAGCCGAGCAUGGGCGCCGUGGUGGCCUCGCUGCAAGGCACUCCGCUGGACACGAACCUCGAUCUGCGCACGGUGUCGGAGUACUCGGCCUACUGGGAGCAGACCCGCACCCUGUACGCGCCCUUCGAGUGCACGACGACGAUGCGGUCGGGCAACGCCGAUGUCUACCUGAACGAGAUCCCCGGCGGGCAGUACACGAACCUGCAGUUCCAGGCCUUCUCGCUGGGCCUGGGCGACUUCUUCGAGGACGUGAAGAAGGCCUACCGGGAGGCCAACCUGCUGCUGGGCGACAUCAUCAAAGUGACGCCCUCGUCGAAGGUGGUGGGCGAUCUGGCCCAGUUCAUGGUGCAGAACAACCUGACCGCCGACCAGGUGCUGGAGAGGGCCGAGGAGUUGUCGUUCCCCAAGUCGGUGGUGGAGUACCUGCAGGGCUCCAUUGGCAUCCCGCACGGCGGCUUCCCCGAGCCCCUGCGCUCGCGCGUCCUGAAGGACAUGCCCCGCAUUGAGGGGCGUCCGGGCGCCGAGCUGAAGGACCUGGACUUUGGCAAGCUCAAGAAGGAGCUGAAGGAAUCUCACUCGUGCAUCACCGACCGCGACGUCAUGUCGGCCGCCCUCUAUCCGCAGGUGACGAGCGACUUCCUCCACUUCCGCGACACCUACGGCCCCGUCGACAAGCUGGACACGCGCAUCUUCCUCACCGGACCCAACGUCGGCGAGGAGUUCGACGUGCCCCUGGAGCGCGGCAAGACCUUGAGUGUGAAGGCCCUGGCUGUGUCCGCCGAUCUCAAGCCCAACGGCAUCCGCGAGGUCUUCUUUGAGUUGAACGGCCAGCUGCGAGCGGUCCACAUCCUGGACAAGGAGGCCAUCAAGGAAAUCCACGUCCAUCCCAAGGCCAGCAAGUCGAACAAGAGCGAGGUGGGCGCACCCAUGCCCGGCACCGUCAUCGACAUCCGCGUGCAGGUCGGCGACAAGGUGGAGAAGGGCCAGCCCCUGGUCGUGCUCUCGGCUAUGAAGAUGGAGAUGGUGGUGCAGUCGCCGCUGGCGGGCGUCGUCAAGAAGCUGGAGAUCGCCAACGGAACGAAGCUAGAGGGCGAGGACCUGAUCAUGAUCAUCGAGUAGAGCCAGAGCCCCGCAAGAAGUGCCCAUUGUCCAAGCUGCCACCGCACACACCUAAUGUAAAAUUAAGUCGAAACAGUGAUAAUCUUAGGGAUUCUGUCAGUUUGAUUGACCAUAAAUUGUCCCAUCGCCUGUGUCUAUUUCUAUAUGUAUCCGAAUAACCGCUUUUCCAGGCUGAUCUUUCGGAUUUGCCAAACAUAAUCAAAUUGAAAGCGGAUUGUAUAUGUAUAUGUACGUGCCCAGGUAUAUUUGUAAAUUUAUCGUAAAGCCUUUCCUCAAACUCAUUUGAAUCAAAUUUGUACGAUUUUCGAAUUCUGAAUUCGCAAAAACCUUUGUCGAGAUUCCCCGCCUCCAGUAAAUACGUAAGUGGUUAUAAAUGUUACAUUAACUAUUGUCUAAUAAACGUUAUACAAAAUAUAA